ACACACCGGUCGAGUUAUUGCUUGCUUCAUCAGCAGUAGGCUUGGCUUGCUGCUGCAAUUCUCUCUCCUCCCUAACCUGGAGCUCCAGCUGCAUCAGGAGCCUGCAGAGCAGUAAACAGGACACAGCACCAGCGACAGAAGGUAGUAUUGUGUACUGCCACACAACAACCAGAAACAAGAAUCUGAGACUCUUGAGCAGCAAAGAGAAGCACUAAGAAAGGACACAACUACAGCUUGAGGAGGAAACGAGAAGAAAAAAGGAAAGAUGAUAAACAGACACUAGAAAGCAUAAGUCCGAUGGAUGCAUAGAAGAGCAACUUGGGGUUAUGGAUAUGUGGCAUGCAGUCUGGAGCACCCAGGGAUCAAACCACACACCUUCAGAUUAGUAGACAACCUGCCCUACCUCCUGAGAGCUCUAAGCAUGCCUGUAUGCUCUGCUUCUGUGCUCUACCUACUCCUCUUGCUGCUGUGUGGGCUGCUGGGAGGCUGGGUGCUGUCCAUCUGCCCUGCUGCCUGCUCCUGCAGCGGAGGCCAUCGUGUUGUGGACUGCUCUUCACGAGGCCUGACCAAGUUACCACCUGGUCUGCAGCAUAACAUUCGCUUUCUCAACCUUUCUUUUAACAGCUUGCAGGGUCUGGACAGCCAGCUCAGCCACUAUGCCCAUCUGCGCACCCUGGAUCUGUCCUACAACCGCCUGGAGAGUCUCCCCCCUGCCCUGCCAAGGUCUCUGUGGGACAUUCGAGCAGCAGGGAAUCAUCUACGCUCUCUAGACAAAAAUGACACAGCCUACCACUGGAACCUGAAAGUUCUGGAUCUAUCAGAUAAUGAGCUAGAGAGAGUGGUCUUUAUCAAUAACACACUGUUGAGUCUACGGUCUCUUAACCUCAGUCAUAACAGGUUUUGGACAGUGCCCACAAACAUGCCACACAACUUGGAGAUCAUUGACUUGUCACAUAACUAUCUGUUGCGGAUCCUGCCCGGAUCGUUGGAUCGACUGCCCCGACUGGCCCAGUUUUAUUUGCAUGCUAACCGCUUCACCUGGUUGUCUGAGGGAAUUUUUGAUAACCUAAUAGGACUGGAGAUUAUUACUCUUGGGGAUAACCCCUGGGCUUGUGAAGAAGAAGAACACAUAACAAAGCUCCUUAGAUGGUCAGAGAAAACCCGUGCAACUGUUUUGGGGUGCCCCUGUUAUACAAGACCCAUCUGUGGGCAAUCCCAUUUACCAGUAACAGGAAGGGAAAGGUACUCAGCUCGGUUUACUGAGUCACCACUCUGGGUUAACAGCAGAAGUGAAGGGCAGGAUGUUCAAUUGCCCCCAAGGACUGUAGAGAACACACCUAACUAUCAGGCAAAAUCUCCACUUGUUGACAGUGGAAUGUAUCAGGGCAAAGCAGGUAUGAAUGAAUCUGGGGACCACAUCUGGACAUCUUCAACAAGUAUGGAUAGUUUUUCUUCACACACAAGCACAACAGAACAUCCAAAGUCUUUAACCAAGAAGCCUAAACUAACUAAUUUAUAUAAUGAAGGCUGCAAACUGGACAUCAAAACUCAACAAACAGUCAUUCUGUCUGUUGUAGUCAUGACAACUGCAUUCACCACCUUCUAAACUGCAGCAUGUGGACACUAAAUCUAUAAGUAAUUUCCUGUAUGUAGCACCUCCAUUUUCCUUUGCUGUAUAAAAACUGUUGCGACUGUUGUUAUCUUCUGUCAUCACCAUCCUUUCAAGAUGCACAUCAUGACAAUAUCUCUUAAAAUCCUCUACACAAAGAAAAAUGUCAGAUGUAAACAUUUAGUUUAAUGCUUGAACACAUGCUGCUGGGUUCAUUUAUUCGUUUGUUCCGAAUCAAUGCUAUUGUGGUGUUUUGGUCCUACCAAGCCAUUUAGAACAGUGCUGUUCCCAAUAAGAAGCCCAAAAUGUUCGUAAUACAAAAUACUUUCCAAUUUACCAGUUAAGAACUAGCAAUAGGACAGUGUAUAAUACACACGUGCAAGCAUGUUCCCCUCCCGUUCCACUACGGGGACUGCCCGAAUGCCUGCAGAGAGUCUGUUGUCAGACGGAAGCAGUGUUUAAAGCAUGUGAGCCAAUCUGUGAGACAGUUUUGCUCAUGUUGUUGCUGUUGGUGAGUCAGCCAGCCGCAAAGGAGAGUGAAGCUAUAACAUAUAAAGAGCUCAAGUGAGAUCAAGUGUUAAACAUAGUGAAAAGUGUGCACUACGGCAACUGUGCGUUUCAUGCUAUAUUUUUUAAAUUUUUUUCACCCCAGUUCUUCUGUUUCCAGUGAACUAGACUAUCGCUAUCGCUUCCUUCUCUAUUCCAGGUCACUGGUCAACCAACUUUCAGCAGUCGUAUCUUGGAGGACUGCAUGGGAGUGUGUCUUGGGUGAGUGAAAACCCCUCUUCACCCCUUUGCCAGACUAAAAAAUGUAUGCGAAUGAAGACAUUUGCAGGACUGCAAUUCCACUCGUGAAACAGAAAGCAGAACGCAAACAGGAAUUUGAGUCUCAAACAACACUUUACCAAGAGAAACCUACAAGUUGUAUCACAAAAAUUAUUUAAUUGUGAGCAGCAACAACUUCUCAAGUACAAAAUACCUAACUUUCAUGUUUGUACUGUGUAUAAAAUGUGAUGGACAACCGUGUGACCCAUAUGAAGUUUGGAUGAUGUGUCUGCGAUAAAGUAUGGCUGAGCAGGAAGGCUCCAAAGUGGCCUAGUUUGGUGCCCUUUUCAGGCGCUCUUCCAUUCAAAUGAAUGGGAAAAAUUUGUUGAGAAUGUUACAAAAACUGUGACGAAUAGCUACCAAAAACAGUCUACAUUGGCCUUCUUUGAAAGAGUGACUUUUAUCCUUUAGAUGCACAUGUACAUCUGAGUCUUGUCCUGUCGAGGUGGCUCUUCUAUGUUGUGCCAUACGUUUAUGAAGUGGCUGUUGGGUUUCUCGAAUGUAGAGGUUGGUUGUUUAGUUUGUCUUUGGGACAAACCAAUUUUUGUCCGAGUGUGUGCGUCAGUUUCUUUGUAAAACUGGCUACAUAAGGGAUGACAUUUUUGUUCUGUUUGUUAUUCUGUUUCUCCCUAGUUGGUGUCUGACCUUGUUUACUGUGCAUCUUUGCUGAUUUGAUUAAAGCCCAUGUUGGGAUAAAAACAUGUUUUAAGAGCUUUCUUUACAUGUGUGUGUUCCUUUUCUUUCCCUUCUGCCUUAGAGGGAACUUUUUCUGACUGAUAUUGCAGGAUCACUUCCAGUUCCAGAGGGUGGUGGGAGUCAAAGAGUAGGUACUAGUCUGUGUGUGGGCUUCCGGUAAACUUCAAUGUUGAGGUGUUCUCAAUGUCCAGGAUGCCAAUUUUCACAUUGUGGACAAAGAGGACAGAUGGUUGAAAGAGGAGUGAAAGAAGCCAUCUAUGUCCACUGUGAACGACCAUCCUUGAACAGAGGGGGUUGCUUACCACACCAACUGUCUGACACCUAUAAUCCAGUUUUGAGAUCCCUUCCCAGAUACUUUAACGCCCACUCACAUCUUCUGUCAGUUGAUCUCAAUAAGUCACAUGAUAGGGUGAGGCAAGGUCUCACAAUGCUUUUUAUCCCAAACCUCUGCUGAUAAUGAUCCACACCCUUUUUCACACUUUGGCUCAUGCGAUGAGGCACAUGAUCAAUAGUCCCCAACGACUCUAACUCCCACUAGGGCUUAAAAUCUGGGACUCUCCACCAUCUAAUGUAACAAGUAGUAUAACAAAUUACUUUUUCGCAGGAGUAAUUAAGUAACUUACUGCAUUACUUUUUUUUUUUUUUUUUUUUUAAGUGUUCUGUAUGUGUAACACUGACUUUUUAAAAUAACGACUCAACACUGAUUACAACAAAGAGGGAAAAUACCCCAACAAACAUGCACAAACGUUUGACCCACAGCAUGCAAUUAAUCUGCCAGUGAGAACCGAUAAGGAAUUGAAAAAAUAAGUGAUAUCAAUAAUGGAAUCGCAGUCACUAAAUCCUUCAUUAAUCCUAUCCCUAGGUGUUAUUACACAAAGAGACAGAGAGGAGAUUCCAACCAAUCAACAAAUGAUAUUCAAAUGAGCAAGGGUGUGAGUAGCCCUGUGUCUCUGUCAUGUCUUUGAGAGAAGCGGUUUGUACUCUUAAAAAUUGGCUUAUAAAAAUGGAAACUGCAGUUUCUAAAUGAAGGUGUUUAUUAUUCAGGGGGAAACAAAUCCAAACAUAGAUGGCCCUGUGUGAAAAAGUGAUCCCUCCCCCGCCCCAUUAUAACAUAAAUUAACUUUGGAAAGCUGAGUUCAGUUUCUCUAGUCACACCCAGCCCUGAUUACUGAUACACUUCCAUCAAGAAAUUUAAAUAGGAUCUGCCUGACAAAGUGGAGUAGACCAAAAAGAUCCUCAAAAGCCAGACAUCAUGUCACGAUCCAAGGAAGUCCCUCAGUCUGGAAAAGGUUAUAAAGCUGAAGGCAAGAUUAAAGCCAUAGAACAGUGGUGAACCUUCCUAGGAGUGAAUUGCUGACCAAAAUAACCAUAAGAGUGAAGCGAUGACUCAUCCAAGAGGUCACAAAACACGCCAGAACAGCAUCCAAAGAAUUGCAGGGUUCACCUCAGUUAACAUCAAUGUUCAUUACAGACUGGGCAAAAAUGGCCUGCAUGGCAGUGGUCCAAGACGAAAACCAUUGCUGUGCAAAAGGAACAUAAAAGGUCAUCACAGUUUUGCCAGAAAACAUGUUGAUGAUCCCCAAGACUUUUGGGAAGUAUUCUGUAUACUGACGAAGACAAAAGUUGAACCUUUGGAAGGUGUGUGUCCCAUUACAUCUGCCAUAAAAGUAACACAGCAUAUCAGAAAAGGAACAUCAACAGUAAAAUAGGGUGUUAGUAGUGUGAUGGUUUGGGGCUAUUUUGCUGCCUUAGGACAUGGAAGACUUGCUGUGUUAAAUGGCACCAUGAAUCUUGCUUUCUACCAAAACAUCCUGAAGAAGAAUGUCCAAUCAUCUGUUUGUGACCUCAAGCUGAAGCGCACUUCGGUUCUGCAGCAGGACAAUGAUCCAAAACACACCAGGAAGUCCACCUCUAAAUGGCUUAAAAAAACAAAAAUCAAAAUGAAGACUUUGGAGUGGCCUAGUCAAAGUCUUGACCUAAAUCCAAUCUGAGCGCCUUGAGGCAACUGUUGAUGUGAUUUGGUGCUGUAUAAAAAUAACAGAAUUGUAUCGAUCGAGAUUCUGUGGCAUGACCUUAAAAAGCUCUAAUGUGGUUGAAUUGCAACAAUUCUGCAAAGAUGAGUGGGCCAAAUAUUCAAAGACUCAUUGCCAGUUUUUCCAAACGCUCGACUGCAGUCAACCAGUUAUUAGGUUUAGGGGGCAAUCCAAAAAAGAAUCCAGUGGAUUCCAGUGAAACACCAUGAUUAUCAGCAUAGUGUACAGUUUAAGCUAAAUAGUAUUCUACACAGCUCACUACAAAGUUGUGAAAUUGGUAUUAAAGUGCACUGAUUGUACAAUAACAAGUAGCUCAAAGAAAAAUCAAAGUAUUUGCUUUGAGAGAAUAGUCAUGUAUUUCUUUGCUGCUGGUGGCACUAAAAAGUUGGAAAUCGCUUGCUGUUGUUCAGUGAAAACAGGUUUACUAAAAAAAACAGUGGCAGACAUUUUAAAAUUGAUGUGUUUUUGAUAUGUAUGAAUUGGCACACUUAAUAAUAAUAAUAAUCAGAAUAAUAAAUCUGACAAAUAAUAUACAGUAUUUCUUGAUACAUGCUCAAUCAUCCAGAUAAGGAGAUUCCAAAAAGUUAGGAAGGCUUGGUAAAGUUUAUGGUGCACAUCAACUUUUAAAUGUCCCCCAUUACUGAUGGAAAUCUCACAAUCUUAGAAGGAUUGCAGCCACUUCCCACUCUCUGUGAAUGGUACUCAUGACCAAUGAUCAAUGGUUAUUCCUCAGUGAUCAAUAGCAGUUGAUCAAUGGCCUUUGAUCAGGGGUUGUUGAUCAAGAAACUGACCUGUCAAGCCCAUUGUUCGCCAGUGGUGCUAGUUUCAGCCAUCAUGCAAAAUGUACUGUUUAUAAGGUUGGAGAAACCUGCAGUCAGCUGAGACUGAAGAAGUCACUUGGAUGAGUGACGAGACGUUUCUCCCACUGAAAACGCUACGUCCAGAUGAACUGAAUCAACUUUCGGAAUGCCUCAAUACUGGGACUCUCCACCUAUUGUGCCUCAAUACUAUUGUACUGGGACACUCAAUAAUAAUAAAGAUUUGGAUGUCAAUACUGUGAAUGCUUGAGUGCUCAGUCCCCAAACAUAGACAAAACAGAUACAACAGGGUCCUAUUUUUAAAAAACAAAAACAAAACAAUAACAAUCUGUUUGAAGCAGAUACUGUCUCAACUACUGUUGAUAGGUAUAUACUGGUAUCCAGGAAACAUCACACACUAACACUACACACAGGAUAUGUGGUUAGUGGUUAAUCUAGAAAUAAUUCAUCCAACUUGCCAGCACACAUUCUGACAGAUACAAUAUGUCUUUACAGAAUAGCUCUGUCUUGACUAAUUUGAAACCUCCACAUCAUUUCAUUUUCGGCAGAGGAAAUUUUGAAUGCAAGGUUUGCUUGACAGCAAUUUAAAAUGAACCAAAGUCUCUAACAACAAAUGCACUCUGAUCUAUUAUUUUGUCAGUUUACUAAAUUGAGAAAUAA